UAUCUAUAGGAGCCCAAUUUUACGUACAAGCAACUCUCUCCUAUCUCUCAACCUCCACCGGCCCCCUUCUCUCUAUAAAUAUUCCUCAGGAAUACCUCAUUUUCCAGGAAAUUAAGGAACUUCACCCCCGCAUCCAUCUCCCCAACCCUACCAAAAAUGGCUAAAUCCAGCAGCUCUUCCUCGUCAACUUCCGUCUCGGACAAAACAUUUACAGGUCUCUCCAACCUUAUCAAGCUCCUCCCGACAGGAACUGUCUUCAUAUUCCAGUUCCUGAACCCUGUCCUAACCAAAAAUGGUGAUUGCAGCCCUGCCAACAAGGUCCUCACCAGCAUUCUCAUUGGACUUUGCGGCCUUUCCUGUGCUUUGGCUAGCUUUACAGAUAGCUACAAAGGCAGCGACGGGCUAGUUCAUUAUGGUAUAGCCACGGUUAGUGGUAUUUGGCCUUCUACAAACUCGGGUUCAUCUAACUCGUCAAGCUACAAGCUGAGGAUCAGCGACUUCGUCCAUGCAUUCUUCUCUGUCAUCGUCUUCGCCGUGUUGUCUCUGUUGGAUUCCAACACCGUGAAGUGCUUUUAUCCAUCGUUUGAGUCUACGGAGAAGGCUUUGCUCAUGGCUUUGCCUCCUGUCAUCGGUGCAAUCUCGGGAGCAGUCUUCAUGGCAUUCCCUAACAGCCGCCAGGGCAUAGGCUACCGUUCGAGUACUGAUUCCUCAAGCUCUUAGGACGACUCCUACUUUGCUUGGUUCAUGAAUAAAUAUUAAUUGGUUUAUCAGGAUUGUUAGAAAAAAAUUUGUAAUCUUCUUUGUUUGUUCUUUCCCUUUUUACUUUGUAAUCAAAAUAUUGGUUUGGUGAAAUGUAAGAGGGGAGGAGGAGGACCCCUUGAAUUAUUUUAUGUACUAGGGUUUGAUGUAUUAUGAGAUAAUGGUAUAUUUCCUUCUAAGCUUUUCUUAA